AUGGGUAUCCGCGUAUACCUCGAUUCUACGGACGAUUUCCGCCGCGUAACUAAGUACUUGCGCGAAGCUAAAGUAGGUUUCCACACCUACUCACUACCCGAGGAGCGUAAACUUCGGGUUGUAAUUAAGGGCGUCCCGAAAGAGUCGGAUGUCGAUAGGGCUAAGGUCGACAUCCGCACGCAGGGAUACCCUGUGCACGCCGUACGUCGGCUCAGACACCCUCGCACCCGUGUCCCUAUGGACAUGGUUAUGGUUGAACUUGACCCAACCCCGGAAGGUAAGGCCAUCUUCAACCUGAAGAGGGUCUGUGGGCUCAGUGACUUAGUCAUCGAGCCCCCGCGUAAGUCAGGUGUUGUGGCACAGUGCCACAACUGUCAGCAUUUUGGCCACACGGCCAAUAACUGCUUCGCUCACCCAAGGUGCGUCAAAUGCACCGGUGACCACGGCACUACCGAGUGCACGCGACCGACAGAUUGCGCAGAUCCACCGGACUGCGUAAACUGUAACGCCACCGGCCACCCGGCUAGCUACAGAGGCUGCGCUAAGGCCCUGAAAACUCCCGCGAGGAAAUCUCCCGCGAAAUCCACGUUGCCCAAACCCGCGCCCGUUAAAUUCAUUCCCGCGCCCGUACCCGUCAUAAACGCCUGGGCGAAACCCCAGGUGGCCGCGCAGGUAACCGCGCCGGUAAUCCCGGUCGCCUCACGACCGAUCGCACAACAGCUGCCCGCCUCUCAAACGGCGCCGCGUUUGCAGGUGCAGCCAACUCCGUCAGUUUUCGCGGAAAACAAGGACGACCCAUUCGCGCAAAUCGCUAAUAUUUGCAGCUUACUAGAUAGAAUCAAUAGGCAGGAACUCGCCGUAUUGUCCGCUACCGCCACAUCUGGCCACGAGCGUCUUAGGGCAAUUAGCCAACACAAAACGCUUGUGGAAGCCCUUUGGGCUUUUACGAGCCAACCG